AUGGACAUUGAAGCAGCAAAAUUGAAAUUGAAGUUGAUUCAUUCCAAUUUAUAUGUAAUUACCACAUUUAUCAGCCAGUUCAAAAAUGAAGUAAACACUUUGAGUCAAGUUCGUGUACGGUUGGAAGAGCUUCCAAAUCUAUCAAAAAAUUUUGAGGAGUAUCAAGCAGUUGUAGAACAGUGUGAUCCCAAACCAGAUGAAGUGAAAAUGAAGGAUCAAACAAAAUUCAGAGCUAUAAAGACGUCAAAGCUUUAUUAA